GUUUAGAUUAAUGAUCCUCAACGUGGCCGCUACCUCGACGUGUCACCGCUUUGUGGGACAAGUUCAAAUGAUACUUUCUGCACAGCUGACGUGAUGGUUAGCAACAAGAUGCUGUUUGCUCCAACGUGGCGCUUUGGCUGUGGAGUCCCACCUCUCCCUAUAUACUUUUAUGUAUGAGGUAUUUGUUGAUGUGAAACCAUAACUGCUAUAUUCAUAAGACGUUUCUGAUGCAUUUCGUCGCGGUCAACACAACAUGGUGUUCGUAUCGCUAGCAGCUCGCUACGUGGAGUAAACUCCAUGUUAUUGAUUGAGGGGAGGCGUGGAUUGCGGGAAUUCGUGCGUCAUAGCCCGCCUUUCUGGGAUUUGUGCCGUAAAGUCAACGGAUCCGACGGAAAACGACACGGAUAUGUGUCAAAUUAAGGGUUUGAAACUAACGGUUUCUACGUGUCAUCAUUCUGCACGUCUUCUUUGAAGUGGCCUCCCCACGAGUCUGUCCACGUGUAAUGAGACAUUGGUGAAACAUGAGGAGGGAAAUUGCAGCUUUGGUGUUCUUCCUGAAGAGGCUUUUGAAAACAGGAGCUCAGCUGGAGUCUCACCAAGUCGCGCUCUUUGUUGAGAGGCUGGCUGUGGCACUGCAGGAGAAGUUCAAGGGGCACUGGUACCCGGCAAACCCCAGCAAAGGACAUGCAUACAGGUGCAUCCGCAUCAACAGGCUGCACAGGCAGGAGCCAGAGUUCCUUCAGGCGUGCCGGGAGAGUGGGCUUCAGUACAGUGACCUGGGCCUGCCCAGUGAACUCACAUUGUGGGUGGACCCCGGAGAGGUCUGCUGCAGGUAUGCAGAACAAAAUCCUUUCUUCUCAGUGGCCACUUUCCCGAGAGAUGAGGAAGAGGAAAAAGAGGUUGCAAAGAAGGUGACCAGCGCUUUGGAGAGGGUGACAUCAGACUAUCACUCAGGUUCAUCUUCCGACGAGGAGAGCACACGCACUUCCCCCCUUACGUUUGACUACAGUCGCUGUUCUUACCAGGGAAUAAACCCAAAUGCUCCUGCCUGGCAUCCGAAAAAAACGGUAACUGGCAAAAGUGUCGUCCUUCCUCCCCAUGGAUUCACGCCUUGCAGCAGAGCCCCCAUCACACACAUUUCAAGGCAGAAACUGUGGGUUCCCCCAAGCUACAGAACAGGACCUGGUUACUGGGACACACACCUGGCACACCCUUACAUGUAGGAAUAAUGGUCCAUAUUGUUCACACUGGACAACAAAUCUGAAGGUGACGCGACCUUAAGACGACUGAACACUUUUUAAAAAAAACAAGAAUUUUAUAGCGUAAAUGUUGAUUGUUUUGACUUUUUUUGCACUUUAGACCAUUUGUUAAAGUUUGAAUAAAUCACGAUAAAUUGUAUUCAAUUGGAUAUUGAAAUAGGAAUACUACACAUGUUAUCUUGGAGUACUUUUACGAAGGGAGACGUUCAUGUUUGCCACUUACUGCAGUCCUUUGUAAUAAAAUGUAUUUAUUCAUAGUGUAGAAUUCUCAGAUGUAUAGGCCUAAAUUUAUGAUGUUUUAUUAAACACGUUCCAAGCAUGAUGAUCUUGUUUUUUUUGUCUUGGUUUCUAAAGUAUCCUCCAAGUAUGGUGGUUGUGUAAUAUUGGUUUUGGACUCUUUUUUUUUUUGGGAUAACAAAUCGGGUAAAUAAAAGUUUAGAGGGUUCAUUUAAUGAUAAUUCACAACAUAAGUAAGGGGCUUUAUCAUCCCCCCCUGAUGUUGAGAAUGUUGGUGAAUUUUGGGAACCAUGCUAUUUAGUGCAGGACUCUGUUCCUGUCUAUGAAAUUACUUUUCAUGUUGCAGAAUGAAUUUAGGACAGGAUAGAUCACCUGGCACAUGGUGUGAUGUGAAGUGCCUAGAACGUUUGCACAGUGCUGUAUAUCUAGUUUUGCUCCAUUGUCCUUGUUUCUGAAAAUAAAAUCUUGAUUACAUGA